GAGGGGGAAGAGAAGAGAAGACUCAUAAUCUUCAUCUUGAAACCCUAGAUUCCUUAACGAAAUGGCGAUAGAGAUCUCAGUAGAUCUGAUAAACCAACUCAAGGUCUCGCUUCGAAAGGAGGCCAAGCUCUCUUCCGUCGGCGAUUACUCGGACUCAUCCUCCUCCAGCCUUCCCACAUCCGAGGAGGCAAUCGCAGAACUUGAUGCUUCAGCUCCGUACCUUCGUUGCCAGAACUGCAAAGGAAAGCUUUUGCGAGGAAUCGAGUCUCUGAUCUGCGUCUUCUGCGGAAAUCAGCAACGCAACAGUGAUAAUCCUCCUGACCCCAUCAAAUUUACUUCCACUUCUGCUUACAAAUGGUUUCUCAGCUCUCUUAAUCUCCAUGGAUCGGAGAUGGUAGAGCCACUUAAGGAAACGGAUGGAUCAAGCAGAGGAGCUACUAAGGCACCCGUCUUAAAAGGAAUUGCUUUGUCUAAGUUUCUUGAUUUGGAAAUACAAUGGUCUGCAAGUGAGGAUAAGUCUAUAAACAGUGGAGCUGAUGAUGGACAAUCAGUGCAGAAUAAAAACCCUCUGAAUCUAGGCGGAAUUAAUCUUGAUGAUUUUUUCGUUGAGGGGAGAGGAGAUCUUUCCAAAGUGGAGCCAGCAGAGAUCAAACCUGUGGAAGAUGAUGAUGAUUUUAAGGAUCCACGUAGUCUUAGCUUAUUUGAUAGUGUAAAGAGUCAGGGAGUUGUUGAAUCACAGCAGAAUGAAAAUGUUGGUAUAUUGAAGGGAAAAGAUGCCCAGAAGAAUGUUUCUUCUGAAGGUGCACCAUCAUCAACUGCUGACCUUAAGUCUUUUGAUGACAAGAUUGUUGCCGCUUCUUCUGAUUGGGAUUCUGACUUUCAAUCUGCUGAUCAUAAUCCUUCUCAGAAAAAGGUUGGCGGUGACCCGUUUGUAAGUUCUCCAGUUGAUUUGGCUGCUCAUAUGGAUUCUGUCUUUGGUUCCGGAAAAGAUUUACUCUAUGCAAAACCGGCAGAUUCUUCAACUGCUUAUGCUUCCCAACCUGGUGAUUGGUUGCAAGAUGAUUUAUUUGGUAAUGUCACUGGUGAGGCCCAAAACAGCGACGCAGCGGUCCAUGAUAAGAAUGAGGGACAGGUUGUGGGCGGCAAUGGAAGUUCAUCCAUGGAUAUUGAUUGGAUCGGAGAUGAUCUAUGGCAAACCAAUGAAAAGAAAUCCAUUGAGAAGACCCCUACAGAUGUUAAUGAUGAUGACGAUGACUGGAAUGAUUUUGCAAGUUCGGCUAACUCCAAGACUCCUAAUAAUCCACUUUCUCAAACCAUGGAAAGUUCUCAAGAUGAAUUUUUUUAUGGACAGGCGCAAGUUAAGAACGGUGUUAAAGAACAGAGCGUAGAUGAGAAACAGAAUACCGGUACAAGCGUAAUGUCUGACAUAGGCACAGGUCAAGAAGAUGAUAUCUUUGGGACUUGGGAUAGUUUCACAUCCUCAACCAUUCCGCAGACCUCUGGUGAAAAAAAUCCGAAAAUGAACUUGUUUGGGGAAAAUAACAAUCAUAGAGACCUUGAUUUUGAUAGCAUCUCACGUUCUGAUUUCUUUUCUGAAAGUAGUGGCGACAAAACCAACACAGAGGAAGUCAAAGUCAUACCUUCUGGAACCUCAACCUUAGACAGAACGAGUGACCCUGAUGGUAGUAAAGAUCAAACAGUUGAUCUUGUUGUAGGCACAACGACAACAGCUCCCAAGUCAAAGAGUGAUGUUGCGGAGGAGCUGAUGUCACAGAUGCAUGAUCUCUCGUUUAUGCUCGAGACCAAACUUUCUGUGCCUCCGAUCUCCAAGACAGAGUAAUAUUAUCACACUGUACUCUCUAUCUCUGUUGCGCUCUCUUGUUUUUACUGGGGCUUGGAGAUUGCUUGUUUUCACGUAUAUAUAUUUCAUUUUCAAUAACUUCAAGGAUCCAAUUUUACUUGCUCUGUAGCCACAUGUGGUUGUUAGUCUAGUGGUAUUGUUCGUUCUGUUGCUUCCAUUGAUCUUGGCCACUUGUGUACACUUACAUAACAACUGAGAGAAGUUCUUUCGAUUUCAGCUCAAUCUCUGGUUAUUACAAAGAACUUUUGCUCUGUUACUCUAAUUAAGCUUUAAAAUUUCU